CGUAGCCUAUCUGAUUCGCCGUCGCCAUGAGCAAUGUUAAUCCGAACCCGGAAAGGGUACUGGCAAUCCCUGUGAAGAAGAGUGAUCCGGUGGAUCUGUACAGGCCGUUACGCCAGUUCGUAGCCACAAAAUAUUCAGAGAGCGAUGCACAGAAAGUGGAAAGCGUUCUCGAAACCCUAAACAAAUGCCGCAGGGACAUGGUGGAGCGAGGGGACCUCUCCCUUCCUAUGCAACGUGACUGCCUCAUCCACUACUUCAAAUGUCUCUGCAUGGUUGAGCCACUCUUCACCGCUAUCCCCUCCGACGCCGACUCCGAGUCCGACUCCGACCCGAUCAUCUUUGUCUGGUACGACGCCUUCAACCCUAAGCAUGAUAAUGGUGUCUCCUUGCAGCGCAACAGCAUCCAAUUGGAGAAGGCUGCUGUUCUCUUCAACCUUGGCGCCAUACACAGCCAGAUUGGGGCCUCUUGCGACCGCACCACCGCCCUUGGCCGUCACCUUGCAAUGGAAGCCUUCAAUGCUUCCGCCAAAUUCUUCUACAAACUCUGGCAGUAUUUUUCCAAGGACGUCUCCGCCACUCUCGACUUGACUGUCCUCUUCGCCGAGAGUCUGCACUGGCUCUUGUCCGCUCAGGCUGAGGAUCUCAAAUUACAGCAACGACUCCACCACAACAACACAAAUGACGACGCCAGUUCUAAUCUCGAACAACACAAUGUGCCCUUGCGUUUGAAUAUGUUUCUAAGCUUUAUCGGGCGGCAUGUGAUCUGAUACUAUGUGAUUCCGUUGCAACCGCACUUGUCGUCUCAUUUGACGAAACCUGGAUAACUCAUCUUUCGCUGAAGGUGAAAUUCUUUGAGGUGGAGCCUCGUCGGAGGCGAUCAUCCAUCCUACCCAAAUCCGAGCGACUCCCAUUGUUCCAGUUUCGUCCUCUUGAUGAUAAUGCAGAGUCUUAUCACUGAAAAAUUAGUUACAGGGAUCUGCCACCAGUGGAUACACAAUCAACAUUGAAUCCCAUACAUUGACCUCUCCCUUUCCGAGUACAGCCCUUUCAAGAUUAUCGAUGGUGGAAAGCUGGUGGCUUACCCAUGGGACAUGCCUCCUCCUUAUCCAACAAAUUUGUCAAUCCUCUCAUCUUCGUCUUCGUCACAUGUUCUGGCAUUCCCUUUGAAGAAGUGUGAGCCCUUGGAUCUAUACGAGUCCCUGCGCAAUUAUUUUGUCCUCAAAUACUCUGAGAGCGUGGCUAAGAGAGUAGAAGGCCUUCUCCAAAUGCUAAACAAAUUGCGUGAUGAGAUGCAGCGUGAUGACAUCUCUCUACCCGUUCGCCGCGAUUGCCUCAUCCGCUAUUUCAAAUGCCUUUGCAUGAUUGAGAACUUGUUCCCCAUGACUUCCUCACCCAAUCCACCUAUCUUUGUUUGGUACAAUGCCUUCAACCCACAAGAAGACUCUUCUCAGCACAACAUUCAUUUGGAGAAGGCCUCUGUUCUCUUCAACCUUGGAGCCCUCUGCACCCACAUUGCUCUCUCCUGCGAUCCCACCACCUUCCAAGGCCAUCGCAUUGCCAUCGACGCCUUAAAUGAUGCUUCAUAUUGGUUCUAUAUGCUAAAUUCUGAGACUAAGAAGGCAUCUGCCACUGUUGACUUGUCAAUAAACUGCACCGAUAUGCUGUGCGAGAUAAUAUCUGCCGAGAUUGAUGACUUGAAGUUCCAUUCACCUCUUUCCCAUUCUGAUCGAUCACCAUUAGGUGGAUUUGUUGUUUCUCAGCUUUAUCGGCAAGCUUAUGAUCUGUUGACAUCGGGGCCUUUAGCUGAGAGUCUUGUUCAAUCCUCGAUACCUCAAUAUCUCGAGUCGAAGAUGCAAACCCUCCAUGUUAAAACUGCUUCUAUUGAUGUCACUGACCAAUUUCUUUCAGGGUAUUGUACGGCUCAAUCCCUUCUUCAACAGGGAUGUCAACCACUAUGCUUGGACCUUCUCUCCGAGGCUGGCCCUGUCAUGAUUAAGGAUGGAAAUCUUGUGGCCAACCUUUGAGGCAGUAAUGUUGCCAUUGGAAGAGAUGAGCUCCCAGAUAAUCGAUAGAGCAACUAAUAUGCAUAUGUUUUGCUAAAUGUGAAUGAAGUUGUUUUCUAAACAAAACUUGCUGUCAAACAGUGACAAGGUAUAGCCUCUCACUCUUUCUCUAAUUUACAACAACAACAACAACAAAGCCUUGUCCCACUAAGUGGGGUCGGCUACAUGAAUCAAACGACGCCAUUGUGCUCUGUCAUGUAUCAUGUCUACAGAGAGACCGUUUACAUGUAGAUCUCGUUUGACCACCUCACGGAUGGUCUUCUUAGGUCUUCCUCUGCCUUUCGCUCUUUGUCCAUCUUCCAUCUCAUCCACCUUCCUGACUGGAUGUUCUAUCGGUCUUCUUCCCACAUGUCCAAACCACCUGAGACGCGAUUCUUCCAUCUUAUCCACUCUUUCUCUAAUUUAUUUUCUAUUUUUCCCUUUGGGAAAUAGCAGAUUAGGUAUUUCCUUUACUGGAAUGUAGAGGAAAGUAUAUCUUUGUGUGGUUAUGUUCUUUCAUUCUAACAAAGGUCCCUGUGUUCUUGUUCGAUUGUUUGAGAUCCAUUAAUUAUUCCUGUUUAAAACCAUUGCUUCUAUUGUUACUCAAAUCCUUCUAAAUUUAUUGUUUGUAUUUACACAAUUUUCCUAAUGCGCUGCCGAGAUGAGUUUUGCCUUCUUCAUUGCAGUAGACCCUAGUUAUGCUUUCUUCUCUUCUACCUCUUCAGUUUUGCUCAAAUGUUUUGACAAAUAUAAAUUGAAUCUGUGUAAUUUGAUAAAUUCUCAAUGUGAUUGCUCCUGGCCUGGAAGGACCCGUAUAUAGUUAUUUAAAAUUGGAUAAUUUAAUAUCACUUUUAAUCGGGUUUGCCUCUUUGGCUCUUUUUCUUCCAAUUUUCCAAUUCUGAUUUUGUUGACCCAAUUUUGCAAAGCAUCUGAGCAUGUGGUUUACCUAACCUGGUUGGUAUAUAUUCGAUGUUUCAAUUCUUGUGUGUAUACUUUCUUAUUUUAUUUCAGCUUUAUAGUCUCAUUUUUAGAUUGGCUAAUCUACUCCUAACAUAUGAUAGAGCACUUAGUUUUCACCUCUGUUAUCCUAUGCAAUGCUCGCACCGCAAAUUUUGUAGCUUGCUUUAUUUUUUGUCUGAGGUGGGAGUUUCAGGAUUCAGCAUUUUAAUGUGCUGGUAAAAUGCUUGCAAGAAUGAUUAACUAUCUAAUUCACCAAUUUUCCUCAUCUCUAAGUUAUUUUGAAUUGUUGUUUACUCACUAUUUUGAUAUGUUUUUUAGCACCUGACAAAUUUUUAUAGAAUAAUAAAGUUCUUAAUCAUCAUUUUAGUGCAGGAUUUUGGAUUCUUUUUAUUUUAUUUGACUAUGACUUUGCCAUCUUCACAAACUAAAAUGCUGAAUAAUCAAUGAUGGAGAGCCAUAAACAUGAUAAGAUCAUGUUAAAAAUGAGUAUGAGCCAAUCCAAACCCAAUUGGCAGAAUAUAUAUGUUUUGACUUCCGAGAAAUGAAGGAAUGGUUGUUCAUUUCUGGAUAUCUAUAUUCUGGUGUAAAAUGGCAUAGAUAUUUAUGUUGCGGUUGCUUUUCAUUUUGAUUUCAAUUGAUUACAAUGGAAAGCAACAUAGGAACUAUAAGAAUUAUAGAUUUGAGUAUGUCAUAUAACUCAAAUAGGUUGGCUAGGAAAAUUCCUAAACAUCUAAAUCACAGUGGCAUAUAUUAAACUGAAUUACUUAAAGUAACAAAAAAAAGCUAAGAAAAAGAGGGGGAUACAUGGCUAGUUAUGACAUUGAUAUUGAUAUAUUGAUAUUAAGGGUUGAAACUGUUAAUUAUAUAUGAGUUUUACAUGUUUUGUGUGGGGAUUAGACUUGCCUUGGAGGGAUUUCUGAGAAACAUGACUCCACAUUCUUCUUAGAGGUUCUUGUUCCUCCUCAAUUCCAAUGAAGAAUUAAACACUUGUGUGGAUUGUUCAACUUCAACUUUGACCCUUGUAGAUGUAGUAGGAAGAGCAUGUUGAUGGUGACAACAAUAAUAAAAGUACAAGAACAAGAGAAGUUACUAGUACUAUGAUGAACAAAGGCUUCAUAGUAUUAUAGUAGCAAUAGAAGAGGAUAUUUGAUUAUUGAUUCUUAUGAUUGUAGUUGAAGAUGAAUUGAAUGUGGCAUGCUGGCAUUAAGUCUAGUAUCUUCAAAUGUUUUCUAAGUACAAUUGUAAAAGUGGUGAAAAAUCUAAUUUGGGAUAUGGUGCGUAUAGUUGUUAGAUGGGAUCGUGUGGCUAUUAUAUAACCUUUGAUUGAGUGACCUACUAUGACAUUUUUUGACCUUAGGAUGGAUUUGGUGAAAAUGGAAUGGUGACGGAAGCUAAGAAAAGGUCAUGUGAUUAGGCACGUGAUGUUAACAUAUAAAAUAUACUAUAAACUAUGGAUGUGUUGAUAAAAAUAUCUCCACUUUUAAUAAUGACAAAAAUAUCAUCAAAAUAUCAUUAAACGUGAUAAAAAUAACAAAAGAA